GUUAAGGUGUGGUCAUUUACAGCUCUCUGCCUAUAUGUGUGCUUCGCGCUGCCCGGUCCUGUAAAGUCUACUACAUGUGUGUACACAUAAGUAGAUGAGCGUAUACUCAAAUUGAAGUCGCAGAGAAGAAACGAGCUCGUUUUAGGAGGUUUGAGAAAAACACUCGCAGCUGUCAGAUAUGAGCUGGCUAGACAAGUACACGCGUGAAACAGUGUUCUACCAACAAUUACUUUAAUCAGUAUACCUAUCAUCUGGUACAACAUAAGGUAAAUUUAAGUUUUAUCAAUAAGUAAAUAUUUGAAGAUAGCUCGUCUAUCGUCAUUCUUAUCUCACAUGUUUUUUGUUAUUCAUCUCUACUUUGCAUAUGCUGAUUGUAUUGCAUCUGUAAAACUGUCUUAUCCUGGCACUUUUAAUUCUACUUAUCAGCAGUUCUAGGUACAAUUUCAGCCAACUGAUUUUUGCGCGCGUCAUUUUCAAAGCAGGCAACACAGUUUGUUACGAGAGAACUAAUAGUCAAGGAUAUUAAGACGCCGUCCCUCACCCGGCGGCAAGUGCGUGAAACACACUCUCUUGUCAACAAAAUUCAGCAGGAGCUGUCGAUUUCUUUAUCAGCACAUGUCAAACGAUAAGAACGUUGUACAGGGCUGCUCUUUCUUUUGCUAUACGUUCAAGACAAAUGAUGGAUACUAAACAGCUGUUUAUGUUUUAGUUAUUUUCGGUACUCGCACCUCCUGACCUCUGGUAACGCCCUAGAGUACGUCGUGUCGUGUAUAUGUUUAAUAACCUCAUCAAAUUAUACUAGUGACGUUCUCAAAUCUUCGCCAGUGCAUGUGUCCAGUAACUCCAUGCGGGAUGCGCGCUAGCGCCAGCAGAACUGUGUCCUCCGUAUAUGGACACAGUCCACACACCGAAGAAACUGAACAUCCCUAUCUAGAAGCACUUUUGGCGCUCUUCAUCUGGGGUUUAAACUUAGUGUUCUCUAUUGCGAGUAAGCUUACUCCACGAUGGAUCCGAUGGUGUCCAACUUCACCACAACAAUUGCUUGAAGCAGAAAGCCGCAUGUUAAUGCAUCUCAAGAUGAAAUUCGAACUGCGAGAUGUCACAAUAGAUAACUGCACAGGCGGCAAGGAACCGCACCGUAUACGGACAUUUACUAUACAAGGCGAUGACAACAGCCUUAUGCCUCUUGUCCUUUUGCACGGUUUCGGAAGUGGCCUAGGAAUGUGGGCGCUCAACCUCGACAAACUGAGUCAGUCAGGCCGUCGCUCAGUAUACGCAAUAGAUACAUUGGGCUUUGGAAGUUCUUCGCGACCGCAAUUCGCUACCGAGGCGGCUGAGGUCGAAUCACAGUUUAUGCACUCGGUGGAAAAGUGGCGUCAGGCAGUGGAUCUUCGUAAGGCGAUCUUUAUCGGUCAUGGUCUUGGAGGAUUUAUUGCAGCCAGCUAUACGCUUAAAUUCCCUGAACGAGUGGCCCAUCUCGUUCUUGUUGAUCCUUGGGGUUUACCUGAGCGAUCGUCGCACACCGAACGCCAUCUCGUGAUUCCGUCUUGGGCGAAAAUGGCGGUCAAUCUACUCCACCCGUUCAAUCCAUUGGGUGUGUUACGAGCAGCUGGCCCAUUGGGCCCCCAUCUAGUUCGCAAGUUCCGACCUGAUUUGCGCAAGAAGUUCGAUCAUGUCAUCAGCGACCGCAAAGUAGUCCCGGCUUACAUGUACCAUAUGAACACACAAACUCCAAGUGGCGAAGCGGGGUUCCGCUGCAUGAUGAACUCACUUGGCUGGGCGCGUCAUCCGAUGCUAAAGCGAAUGGCGCAAAUUCGUCCAUCGAUUGCGAUUACAUUCGUGUAUGGAUCAAGGUCAUGGGUUGACAAAGGUCCAGGAGUGCGUGUCAAACACAUGCGGCCCCAUUCGUCAACCGAAGUAGAAGUGGUCGAGGGCGCUGGUCACCAUGUGUACGGAGACAAGCCAGACGAAUUUAAUAAACUCAUCAUCGCAGUGGCAGAACAAGUCGAUGUGUCGCCAGACAAUAAGGACGCUCUUCUUGAAUAAACUGGAAAUUGGAAUCUUGGAUCAACAAUUAGCAUGCCCCCUUGCCUGAAUUGACCAAUUCCGCACCACUCGCGCUUGCGAAUGUCAUAGAAGCGAUUUGCACUGUUAUUAUUGUACAUAAAAACACACACCAUCGGCUUAUGUGUACUACCCUCUAUAAAAGAACUGUUGCACUAUAUAUAGUUAACAGUGUAUAAAGUAAAAUUCAAAGUAUCGAAGAUGUGGUAAGUGAACUCUAAAAUAUUACGUCUAUCCGUACAAAAACGUGGUUGCAUUUAAACUAAAAAGACAAUUUCAUUAGAUUUCAUUUUUAAGCUGACGACACCCCUAAGCAUUAGAAUCUAGGUUUUAACCUCCACAAUGUCAGAUAUCGACUGACGCACGGCGACCUCUACCGACUGGUUCAUCAACACUGACUAUAUCCCUUGGCUCGCAGACUGAAAUUUAACAAUCACAUCUUAUUACUUAAAUAUAUGUUAUUAACUCAUGAGUAAGAGAUGAUUAGUUCGCCUUGCGAGACUCCCAAAGAGAAGACAGGAUCAACCGCUAAAUGAUCAGUUCUUUGUCACUGAGAAGAAUAAAAGUAUCCGUGUAAUAGAUUAUGGGACGAUAUAACUAAUAAGCUAGUUUCGGUUAAAUUUUCAAUUUUUUCAAGAUCAAUUAUUUCGAAGUAAAUAGUUGCUUCCAGGCAAACUUCAUCAUAUGAUUCUUUCGCUUCAUAGAAGGCAGGGUUGCAUGGAACAUGGAAGCAUAAAUUAUUUAUCAUCAUUGUAUGAAUAAAAUAGUAUAAUAGACAAAGUUUUUUUUUAAAUACUCCUAAUAUCUGUGUGUUAAAAAAGUAAGGUUCAUUUUAAUACCUCAAACGUCACAAAAUUUUUUUGCCAUCACCUGAAUGAAGACAGCUUUUGUGAGGAAUAAGUCUGCAAGUUGUCGCGCUAACUGUAAAUUACUAUAUCGGGUUUUUAUCCUUGCUAUAUCCGAAAUAAAAUUGUCUUGUGCAGAAUAGUUAUUUUUUUAUCGGAGUCAACCAACGGUCCAGGUUACGGACAACACUAAGGCAAAACUAUUGUCAGUUACUCCGCUUUAAGCUCGAUCGAAUUAUCAGUGCUGUCAUCAUCGCAAUAUUUUACGCAAAAGGUCGCGUGGGACAACAGUGGAGACGACUGCCUUUACCGCUACUAUUUCAAUUCCAGUGGGCAAACGAGAAGUGUCGAAAUAUAGAUUCUAAAUUUAAAAGAAAUGAGAAGUCCAGUGUAAGAGAUAUGCCACGGGCCUAAAUGACGUUUGCAAUAGUAUUUUCAAAUUACCAUAUGAACCAUACGAUAUUUGUUGUCUUAUUUUUUUUACAGCAAGGUAUGGUUUUCACGAUUACUUCGAUAAUGGCCGCCAAAUUUCAGUAACCACUAAAAUUUAGACGACUUAUUGAUGCAUCUUUUCGCGUUAUUAAUUAUUACAAAGAACAUCGUGACACGUGUAACAGUGCAAACUUUAGUUAUUCACUUCGUUAGAGUUAUUCAUUGAUUCUAAAUUAGAAAAAAAAAAUUAAAUAAUAAAGUAAAAAUACCAAAAACUAUUUUAAAGUGAUAACUGUAACCGAAUCUUUCAUCAGUCGUCAUUGUUUACCAUAUAUUUGAUGUUUACAUUGUACGAAAUGCAGUUAUUUGUGGUCAUGUUUAUCAGUAUAAGCGUCAAAGUCCAUAUGCGUAUUUAUUUACGUAGAAAAAUAACUUUUUCAGUUAGGUAUAAUAAACGUCAAUCCUGAAAUUUUUUUAGUAAACAUUGUUUUCGAGACUAGCGGCUGCGAAUAUAAUACCAAUAUUUUUGUUGCUUGUUGUUCUUGAUUUUUUUUUGCUAUGAAUCUCGUUUAUUUAGUUGGCUCGAUGGAAACUUGUAGUAUCUAUCGUAUCGCAGCCAAUAGCGUCAUUCAAAAAAAUAGUACGAGCGAAAACAUGUGGUGAUGAAGCA